AUGGAACAUCAACUACCGUUCUCAGAUUUGACCGGCUUUUUGGUCAAAUCAGAUGGCGUCGAGUCGAUGUCUUUCUUGGGGAUACACCCUUUGGAAGGCUUAAAGGAGUGUGUCUAUCUCUGCUCCGACAGUGGCGGAUGGGGACCUGUCCUUUCCGAUGGCGUCACCCUGACGAAAUGCUUCACCUACUUGGUCAUUCUGAAUAUGGCCAAUGUGGUAGCUUUGUUUGGCACCACGGCACAGAUGUGGGCGCUCCGUGACAAAGUUCCUGUAGACCUUGGUCCUAGUCUCAAAUUGCGUUUCCAAGUUUUCCUCCAGAUUGUUCAGAUCGGGCUCCUUGCAUGGCUUGCGGCAGCAAAUUGGGUGAUUGUUGAAGACUUUGACAUUUCAGUGGUAGUGCCUAUUAUUUCGUGUUUGGUGGCUGUUUUUGUUGUUCUUUUGACAGUAAACGAGCGACACUACUACAAUGUACCCUCAGCCUCACUUCUGUUUUACUGGCUAUUUCGUUUCGGCGAAUCAACAUACUCAAUGGUCAAGUUCCAACAGCCCCAGUUUGUGGGAAUUUCCAUUGUUGCGUUGAUCUCCCUUGCUGUUGAACUCAAACCCCGCAAAAAGUCGGUUUACCAAGAAUAUAUCGAGGAGAAUAUGCUCGACAACCCAUACGAUCAAGCAAACAUAUUUUCCAAAUUGGCGUUCACUUGGAUGACCCCGCUGAUGCGCAAGGGCUACGAGACUUAUUUGACGGCAGCUGAUCUACCGUACCUGGCUGCCGAGGACCGUACCGUCAACUGCUCGUCCAAGUUCGAAGAGACUUGGGCUAUCGAGACAGAGAAACAACGACCCUCGUUGCUCUGGGCAAUCCUCAAGGCCUUCGGAUCUCGCUACAUGGUAGGUGGGUUCUUCAAACUUAUCCAGGAUGUGAUGGCUUUUGUCCAGCCUCAGCUACUUCGUCUGUUGAUUGCCUUUGUUGGAGAAUACCAGCGAAGCGAUGGCGAUCUCCCUUUGACAAGAGGCUACUACAUUGCUGGUAUGAUGUUUUUGGUGUCUCUUCUACAGACUGCCAGUCUUCAUCAAUACUUUGAGCGGUCGUUUGGUACCGGAAUGAAGGUGCGGUCCGCAUUGACAAACGCCAUUUUCCGCAAGUCAUUGGUUUUGUCUGGUGAAGAACGCGGUACUAAAACCACUGGUGAUACUGUCAACUUGAUGUCAAUUGAUACCCAGCGUUUACAGGCAAUGUUCCCUUACGGUCAUAUUUUAUGGUCAGGCCCAUUCCAGAUCAUUUUGUGUCUGGCUAGUCUUUAUGAGCUGAUGGGCAACGCCAUGUGGGCAGGUGUCAUUGUAAUGGUCAUCAUGCUGCCUCUGAACGCUCGCCUAGCGCAGGUUCAGAAGGGACUGCAAAAGCGACAGAUGGAAACUAAGGACAAACGUACCCGUGCAACAAGUGAACUGCUGGCCAGUAUCAAAAGCAUCAAGUUUUAUGCAUGGGAGUUUGCAUUUGGACAACGCCUUGAUCAUGUUCGUGACGCCGAACUUGCUAACCUUCGAAAGGUUGGUAUCUUCAAGUCUGCCACUAUGUUUAUGUGGAAUUUCGCUCCGUUCAUGGUCUCGUGUGUAACUUUUGCAUUCUAUGUGUGGCUUAACGAUGCUCCUUUGACAACUGAAAUGGUGUUCCCUGCUAUUGCCCUUUUCAAUUUGCUCAACUUUCCCCUCGCCAUGUUCCCAAUGCUCAUCAGCUCUGUCAUUGAAGCGAACGUGGCUUCUGAGCGCAUCACCAACUUCUUCAUGGCCGAGGAGCUUCAAAAGAAUGCUGUUCUGAGAUUGCCCAAAUGUGAUAGACCAGGCGAUGUUGCUGUGUCCUUGGAGAACUGCACCUAUCUCUGGAGUAAAGACAAGCCCGCGCUGUCUGAUAUAUCCUUGCAGGCUGCUAAAGGUGAACUCACUUGUAUUGUGGGGCGUGUAGGCACCGGGAAAUCAUCUUUAUUGCAAGCUAUCAUGGGUAAUUUGCAUAAGGAUUCUGGAAAUGCCGUGGUACAUGGUUCUAUUGCUUAUGUGGCACAGACACCGUGGAUUUUCAAUGGUAGUGUGCGUGAAAACAUCUUGUUUGGUUGUCGAUACGACGAAUCUAUCUAUAAUGAGACCGUUCGAGCCUGUGCAUUGAGUGAUGAUCUCGGUGUUUUGCCCGACGGUGACUCGACCAUCGUUGGUGAGAAAGGAAUCUCGCUCUCUGGUGGCCAGAAAGCUCGUAUCUCUUUGGCCCGCGCUGUUUACGCUCGCGCUGAUGUUUAUCUGCUAGAUGAUCCUCUUAGUGCUGUUGACGAACAUGUGGGCAGACAUAUUAUUGAAAAUAUUCUUUGCUCUAAGGGUCUGCUCGCCACUAAGGCUGUCAUCUUGGCAACCAAUUCUAUCCCUGUUUUGAGGCAUGCUCAAGCUAUUCAUAUGGUCAGUGACGGCAAAAUCGUGCAACAAGGUGUAUACAAGGAUGUUGUGAGUAUGGGACCUAUCUCGAAGCUGCUCAAGGAGUUUGGCUCGAAAGUUUCUGACGAAGUAGAGUCUGCGAGCUCCUCAGCCUCGGUCUCGUCCAGAAAAUCUCCUGAUUCUAGUGAAGAUAGCGAAGAACCCCCUGUGGCUCUCACGAGUGAGCCUAAGAAUGAUAAUCAUCUACGUCGCCGUGCAAGUAUGCGCCGUCCUUCUGCUGCUUCCUUCAAACCUGAGCCUCCUCUGGAAGUUCGAAAGGAACAUAUGGAGCAAGGCAAAGUUGAUUGGGGCGUUUAUGUGGAGUAUGCCAAAGUCGGUGGUUAUGUGACAACCUUGUUGUUCAUCUUCAAUGUUUUAUUGACUAACGGUACUGGUGUUAUGGCAAACGUUUGGUUAAAGCACUGGUCUGAGGUCAAUAGUGGUUCUGAGCAUAACCCGAAUGUUCGCUUCUACUUGUUGGUCUACCUUGGCCUUGGUAUUGUACAAGCUUGCGGCAAUGUCUCGCAGAAUCUUUUGCUCUGGUUAGGUCUUGCUUUGAAGGCAGCAAAGACUCUACACAAUCGUAUGCUUCGUGCGAUUCUUCGUGCUCCAAUGUCCUUUUUCGAAACAACACCCCUUGGUCGGAUCGUCAACCGUUUUUCUAACGACGUUUAUAAGGUUGACCAAGAGUUGGCUACGUCCUUUUCGUCGCUAUUCAACCAGCUGAGUCGUGUCAUGUAUACUUUCUUGGUUAUUUCGUACGGCACGCCAGGGUUCAUCUUCUUCGUCAUUCCUUUAGCGCUCGUUUAUCUUUACUACCAGCGAUAUUAUUUAUGGACCUCGCGUGAACUCAAGCGGUUGGAUAGUGUCUCAAAGUCCCCUAUUUUUGCUCAAUUUCAGGAGACGCUUGAUGGCAUUGCCACCGUUCGUGCAUUCAAUCAGGAGGAUCGGUUCAACUUUAUCAAUGAGCAUUACUUGGAUGUCAACAACCAGGCUUAUUUCCCUUCGGUGAGUGCUAACCGAUGGCUUGCUGUUCGCCUGGAAGUUAUUGGUGCUAUCAUUAUUCUGGCCGCAGCUACUCUGUCGGUAAGCUCCUUGCCCUCCGGUCGUAUUUCAGCUGGUUUCAUUGGUCUUGCCCUUUCGUAUGCUCUGAACAUCACACAAUCCUUAAACUGGAUUGUUCGCAUGACUGUUGAAGUGGAAACCAAUAUCGUCAGUGUUGAGCGUAUGCUUGAAUAUACCAAUCUUCCUUCGGAGGCACCAGUGCAUAUUGCCGAAACACAACCUGCCGAGUCAUGGCCUAGCGAAGGUGCUGUGCAGUUCAAAGAAUACAGCUGCCGUUACCGUCCCGAGCUGCCUGUCAUUCUCAAGAACAUCAAUCUGGAUAUCAAGCCUAGAGAGAAGAUUGGCAUUGUGGGUCGCACAGGUGCCGGUAAGUCAUCAUUGACUUUGGCCCUUUUCCGCAUUAUUGAAGCAACAACAGGGAAUAUCGAUAUUGACAGAGUUGACACCUCCAAGCUUGGCCUCUGGGAUCUACGCUCUCAUUUGAGCAUCAUCCCUCAAGACUCACAACUUUUUGAGGGUUCAAUCCGAGACAAUUUGGAUCCGAACCAUGAUCACAGUGACGAGGAGCUUUGGAAUGUUCUUGGCUUGUCUCACCUGAAAGAGUUCGUUCAAACUCGUGGUGGAGGCCUUGAUGCCACUGUCACUGAGAGUGGUAACAACCUCUCGAAUGGUCAACGGCAGCUUGUGUGCCUUGCCCGUGCAAUGCUCACCAAGUCCAAAAUUCUUGUUCUUGACGAGGCCACUGCAGCCGUUGAUGUUGAGACUGACCAAAUCGUUCAGCAGACUAUUCGCAGCGAGUUCAAAGACCGCACAAUCCUCACAAUUGCCCACAGACUCAACACGAUUAUGGACAGCGACCGAAUCAUCGUUUUGAGCUUUGGCGAAGUAGCGGAGUUUGGCACACCAACCGAACUUCUUGCUAACAAGGAUUCGCUGUUCUACAGCCUUUCCAAGCAAGGUGGAUUUAUUGGUUGA